AUGCGCCUCAUCUCUUUCUUUGCAGCUUUUGGGGCUGUGAAUGCCGCCAUCGACGUCCAGCUUGUAUGGCGCCUUGAGAAGGACUCCGGCCACUCUUCUGUGAGUGCCCUUGAUCCUAAGAAGGGCACCCUCCUUGCUGGAUCUUGCGGCAGCACCCUUGAAGCCGACAUCCCCAUUGACUUCUCGGAUGUCGACAAAGACGGUAAUGGAAACUUUACCGUUGGCGAUGCAACCUACCGAGUCCACUCGAAGCCCGAGUUCUCGGGGGGGCCUUCGUGCUCCAAGACGUUCAACGCCAAAUAUUCACUGGUUCAGUGUUCUGGCGUGAAGUGGCCUGGUACUCCAGACAGCGUCAAGGGUAACGCUACGCAUUGUUUCAAGGACGCGGAGUCGCAGGCGACGUUCCGUGCUCUUGAGGCUCGUGGUCUUUCUCAUGAGUUGCACUCAGCUCAUAGACGCGAUACGCACCAGAACGAUAAGAGACAGUUUUGUUCCUGGUACACCACCACUAACCUGGUAGAUGAUGGCAACCCGCAUCAGAACUAUCUCCAUAAACAACUCUCGGAAACCAUCAACUGCGGCACUGCCGAGUCAUGCUCUGUCGGUAGUAUGCAGUCAAAGUCCUUCACAAUUGGAUGGAGCUCCGACUUCAGCGGCGUGCCGUGGAUCUCAGGAGGCUUCAGCGUGUCGGAAAGCUGGACCACGGGCAACUCCUAUACGUGCAAUGCAGGAAAAGGAGAAACGACGGCGCGAAACUCAUGCGGUGGCUCUUAUACUGCGCGCGGCCCGUAUAUCCUCUUCUCCCCCAACGAGCAGAACCGCGGCGGUGGCUACUAUUGCGUCAUUGGUACCUGUCGCUCGCAGGGAGACGAAUACUGGGACAAGUCGGGUCGUGCCGGCGGUCCUUGA